UGCGCGGGCACGCGCAUCCAUGCUACGGGUGUGUGACUCGCAAAGCCUACAUGGCAUGUGAUUCGUGCAUAAAGCAGAAGUGACAAGUAGUGACGCGAUAUCAGCCAGGAAAAACAAUAAUGGAGGCGUGUAAUGCGGUUGAACGUGAAGUUGACAAAGUUUUAUUAAAAUUUGGUGCAAUAAACGAACAUGCAGAAACGGUAUUGCGCGAUUUAAUAAAUCAUAUCGAGUCUCUAAAAAAGGAAUUUGAAGAAGCACCGUCCGAUCAUGAGCUGACACCAGGCCAAGCGCAAGUGUUGAAAGACACAAUGAAAAAAGUUCGAGAGACCGCACAUCACUUGGCUACCGAACAUCGGGAGUUGCACAGUACAGUGUCAAAAGUUGGAAAGGCGAUUGAUAGAAAUUUUAUCGCUGAUUUUGCAAGUACCAGCAGAGAAGAUGUUUUUUCUGGUCCAGAGAAGACGCAUAUGUUGAAUCAAGUGAUUUGUCAACACUUCUAUCGUCACGGAAUGUUGGAUAUCGCAGCAGAAUUAGCAGCGGAGGCUGGAAUUAAAACAGACGAAGGUACAAAAGAACCAUUCACAGAACUGAAUUAUAUAUUGGACUGUUUGAAGGAAAGAAAUCUAGAACCUGCGCUCGCAUGGGCCAAAAAACACAGGGAAGCUCUUUUAGCACAGAAUUCCUCUCUGGAAUUUAAACUGCAUAGAUUACAUUUCAUAAGGUUAGUUCAACAAGGACCUAGUAAACAAACAGAAGCAAUAAUGUAUGCUAGGCAGAAUUUCACACAAUACGUCGGGCGUCAUGGGAAAGAGGUGCAAGCACUAAUGGGUACGCUACUUUACUUGCCAAAUGGAAUACAAUCCUCUCCAUAUAGUCAUUUAUUAGACCCAACAUUGUGGCUCGAUAUACACGACGUAUUCACGAGAGAGGCGUGUACACUAUUAGGCUUAAGCGUCAACAGUCCUCUCUCAGUAUGCAUUAACGCGGGAUGCACUGCGUUGCCGACACUUUUAAACAUUAAACAAGUGAUGCAGCAGAAGCAAGUAACCGGUGUUUGGAAUGGAAAGGACGAGCUGCCCAUUGAAAUCGACUUAGGCAAACAGAGUCGUUACCAUUCUGUGUUCGCUUGUCCGAUUUUACGACAACAGAGCACAGAGAAUAAUCCACCGAUGAAAUUGGUUUGCGGUCACGUGAUUUCGAGAGACGCGUUGAACAAGCUCACUAACGCGAACAAAUUGAAAUGCCCGUACUGUCCAGUGGAACAGAAUCCAGAAGAUGCUAGGCUGAUAUAUUUUUAAAUACUGUGAUACAGCUGUAUGAAAAGGAUAUUACAGAUUUGUUCGCAACACGUCACGCCUAAAUCGAUCAAGUAUUUACAGACUUUCGAUGAUACAUCGUAUCCCGUGAAUUCCCGUGAGUUUCUCGCGGAAGAUAUGGUAAUGAUUCCUCAUUUUGUGCUUCUUAUUGGUUGAAAUUGAUACGCCGCGGAUCAUUUGAUUAUUGAAUUUCACCGGGAGUAUUUGUCAUCGAUAACAAUGAUAAAUGUCACUUUAGUUAAUUAGUACAAUAAUUCGACGUCUUUCGAUCGGCAAGUAAUUGAAAGGUAAUCGCAUAAUACGAGUAAGAAAUGAAAUAUGUUAAUAGAGUUGCGAUUGGGGAUGAAAUAUACGAUUAUAUUUCUAUUCGCGUACGCGCGAAUGCGAUGAUACUGACAUUGAAAUUGCAUCAUAAUCGAUAACGCGUUCAGACCCUGUGUAAACGUGAAUUAUCGUCGCUUACCGUUCAAUCGUUAAUCGCGGGGGUGGGGGGGUUAACGGUCGACGGCGAUACACAAGACUCUUUGUUUCAUCGUUCGUAUCGUAGCAUGUGAUCUUAAUCCAACCGAGAAUCUCGUGGUGCAGUUACCGAUAACCAUUACCUUUUAACGAAAUAUUUUUCUAACUUGAAUAUCUAGAGAAUAAACAAACAAAAAAAGUUGUAUAUCUAUGAAUUGUAUAUCUAUUGUAAGACUAUUUCGUACUGUAAUUAAAUAAUAUAGUGUUGUACAGGAAUAGAAA